AUGCUGCGCGCCUCGAUCCUGCGCGCCCGGCCAGCCCUGAGGCCAAUUGCCCCCAGGGUCCGCCCGCAGUGGCAGCAAGCCCAGCGCUUCUACGCCGACGAUAAAAAGACGCUGGGCGAGACCAACCUUCCCAAUCCCGCGCCCUCCGUCACUCCGUCGCAAGGUGCACCCGUCGAAAACGCGACAAUCCCGCCGUCUGACAUCCCGAAGCCACCACCGGCUCCCGAGACGGCUGCCUCCCGCUCUGCGCCCGUCGAGCAGCCCACGACCCUCCCUCCUACCGGCCCCGGAAACGCCAGCGUAGCUCCCGACCCAAAGAGCGCACCGAAGCCGAAGAAGAAGCGUCGCAUCGGUCGCCUUUUGUUCUACACGUUGCUGCUGUCUGCCCUCGGAUACGCUGGUGGCGUGUGGUACUCGCUGGUUUCGGACAACUUCCACGACUUCUUCACCGAAUACAUACCCUUUGGCGAGGAUGCCGUGGCUUAUUUUGAGGAACGCGAGUUCCGGAGACGCUUCCCUGGACGUGCUGGCCAGCCACGAUUGCACCCGCAGACCACGGGUGAGAACAAGGUCACCAUAGCCGGAAAGAGCGGCCUUACCUCGCGAUUAGCCACCGAGGGCGGCUCUGACUUGGCCGUCAGUGGCCCGCAUGUCAGCGCUGUCGAAGACAAUGCCAAAGCUGCUCACGACAAGUCGUCGCCUUCACCCAAGAAAGAGGAGAAGCCUGCUGAUUCCAUCAGCCAUAAACUGCUGCCAAAGGAAGAAGCGAAGCCUGCACCAGUAGAGGAAGCGAAGGCUGCCGCAACCCCAGCGAAGCCCAUUGCGCAGAUCGAUCACCUUAAUGUCGCGCAAGCCGGCGAACCCGUAGUGCAGGACGUUGUAAAGAUCGUAAACGACAUCAUCACCGUCAUCAAUGCCGACUCUUCUCGCGACAACAAGUACGAUUCUACGCUGGAGAAGGCCAAGUCGGAACUUAGCAAAGUCGUGUCGGACAUCAACCUGCUCAAGGCGAACAUCCAGAAGACGGCUGAGGAACAGAUCAAUGCCGCUCACACUGAGUUUGAUGCUGCCGCAAAAGAGCUUGUUCAGCGCCUCGACCACCAGAUGAAGUCUCAGGAGACACAGUGGAAGGAGGAGUACGAGAACGAGCGCGAGCGUCUUGCUCAGGCAUACAGGGAGAGGAUGCGCUCUGAAUUGGACGCCGCCCAGAAGGUUUACGAGCAGAAGCUGAAGAACGAGCUGCUUGAGCAGAGCAUCGCCCUCCAGCGCCAGUUCGCCACGUCUGUGCGGGAUCAGGUUGAGACGGAGCGCGAAGGCCGACUUGGCAAGCUCAACGAGCUCUCUUCCUCCGUACAAGAGCUAGAGAAGCUGACUGCAGAAUGGAACCAGGUCAUUGAUGCGAACCUCAAGACGCAGCAUCUUGUGGUCGCCGUAGAGGCCGUGAAGUCUGCUCUGGAAAACCAGGUCGUACCGAAGCCCUUCAUCACUGAGCUCGCUGCUUUGAAGGAGAUUGCCGCUGAUGACGCGGUUGUCGGCGCCGCCAUUGCGAGCAUCAACCCCGCUGCAUACCAGCGUGGCAUUCCCAACUCGGCACAGCUCAUUGACCGUUUUCGACGCGUCGCUCAGGAGGUGCGGAAAGCUGCUCUUCUCCCCGAAGAUGCCGGUGUUGCAUCGCACCUUGCCUCGUUGGCCAUGUCAAAGGUCCUGUUCAAGAAGUCUGGCCUCGCUGUAGGACAAGACGUUGAAGCCGUCCUCGCCAGGACAGAGGCACUCCUCGAAGAGGGCGACCUCGAUGCAGCAGCUCGCGAGAUGAACGGCCUCCAAGGCUGGGCUAAGGUGCUCAGCAAGGACUGGCUCGGCGAGUGCCGAAGAGUUCUCGAAGUGAAGCAGGCUCUGGACGUGAUUGCUACGGAAGCGCGGUUGCAAAGUUUGCUUGUAGACUAA